GGUGUUUCUGAGCCACCCCCUCCAAGGGUCAAAAACACAUGUUUCCUAGACACCCGUCACCCCGUGACCCCCUGAAUUUUUCUUCAAGAUCCGUCACAUACCAAGCUCGAGCCCUAACCGACACCCCCAAGCCCCUCUUAAAAGAGUUGAACUUGAACUCAUCAAUAAAACCUUCUGCUUUUAAACACAAAUACCAAACCCUCUCUUUCUCAUUCAAAUUUCUGACACAAAAAAGGAGCAAAUCUUGAUUCUUCUAACAAUUCAAGAUUCUUAUUUUUUCCAUUUUGAUUCAUCCUUUACUACAACCUUUUCAUAUCUUGGCUCCCUUCAGUUUAUUCAGGCAAUCUUUUUGCACAUUUGAGUUAUAGACUUAUAGUUAGGGCUGCCCAUUUUUACCGGAAUAUCGGCGAGAGAUUAUAUAUCAUUACUGGUUAAUAAUGGAGGCAACAGUGAAAAAAUAUCAGCAGAAAUUCAAAAAAGUAAAAGAUGACAUGGAUCGAUGGGAUGAUCUCCACGCUAGAUUACUUUCACAGUUCAGAAACGCUUCUUCGAUCAUUGGAAGGCUGCAGUUGCUUGAUGAUCCAAAAAACUAUGGUUUCUUGAAAGAUAUCGAUAAUGUUAAAGAUUUGAUCUUCGGAAAGCAGAUGGAAUCGCUACAGAUGAUCAUGCUCUCGAUGAAUAAAACUUUGGAGGAAUUAAAUAUUAUUAUUUUAUCGCUUGCAAAAACUUACCGUGAUGCUAAGCAGCAAUUAAAAGGUGGUUCUAUUCAGUUCUCAACGAAACAGUUAAAUUACCGCAUUGGCGUAAAACCAAGUAUUGCAGACUGCUUAGAAGGGCUUCGGCUUCUUCAUGAGAUGCAUCAAUCAGAGUACCUGCUUAAAUCAUCGGUGAUUUCUGCACUUGCUGGUCUUGCCUUGAACCCGAGUGUUAAUGAUUUACAAGCUUUUGAACGACUUUUGGUUGAUCAACCCAAUAUCCCCAAAGAAGAAGUGCAAUCCGUAUACGACGUCAUAUUUGCUGAAGAAAUUUGUUGAUAGAUUAUUUUUAGAUGUUAUAUUUAAGAAGUAAAGAUUUUGUGGUUGAUUUUAUCUGCUCUCACAUUACGGUAAUCCUGCUUACAAACAUCGGCGGAUGCAGUAUAUAAAUCAAGCGACGCUGUUUUAAAAAUAUUUACGUGUUAUGCAAGGGCGAUAAGUGAAGAAAAGAUAUUCUGGGUAUUUAAAAUCUUUGAACCAAAGUUAUUAAUCUUCUUUAAGAUAAAACUGAAAUCAAAAGAAUGUUGUAUCAAAUACUUUUAUGGUUAAUUUAGUCGUUUGUGUUCGUUCUUGAAUCAA